CAGCUGCGCACGAGUCUACCACACCAGACCAGUCAGCAGUGAGUCUGUUUUCGAGUGGAGUUACGCGGAGUAGCAUAGUUUUAAAGUUUUGUUAUUCUGUUUUUAAUCUGGAUUUUAUUCUUCUGGUAAUCCAAACUGAUUACUGAUGGGACUUAAAAUUUUUCACCAUUUAAUUUAUUUAAAUUUUCGCGGGCAACACGACUGGAUUUUUUACUUCAUGCUCAAAAAUAAAAAAUAAAAUAAAUUAUAACAAAAACAAAGCGUAAAGGAGAACGCCGGAGUGUGACGUUGAUCAGUGAAAGGAAGAAAUAUAUGUACCUAGAAAAGAAUAACAGAAAAAAAGGAGUUAGUGGUGGUUCUUGUUGUUAUAUUACGAUUACCUCUACUGUUCCUGUUCGUUCAUAUUAAGACGCGGAUCCAACACUCCUUGUUCUCCUGGUGGUCGCUUCAGGAUGCAGGAUGAUUCCGCAACGUUUAUUUUCUGCUCACGAGAACUCUGAGUCACUCUCCAUUACAUGUACAGUAAACAAAAACAAAAAUACAUAAAUAAAAGAAGAAAGGAUUGAACGGCGAGACAAUUUAUUGCAAAGAAAAGGAAAAUUAUCAGUACAUAAUAAAAUGGAAUUUUUAUUUUUAAUAACGUCACAUGUAAACAAAGUAUUAUUAUUUUGCACUGAGGGUACAAGUAUGAUAAAUAAAAUCCAUUCAUCACGUGUAAAGUAUCAUCGAUAAUUUUAUCACUUUAAUAAUUGGAUUUAUAUUAAGUUAAGUGAACGUUAAUGUUCUGCAAUAAAAUAUCAAGAGGAUUUAUAUCUAUAUUUCGGUUGAAAUAAUCAAUUAAAUUAAUUUCCUGUUUUUAGUGUUUAUUAUAACACGGUGACGGAUACAAUAGUAAAUAACAACCGAACCAAAUCCAGUGGAAUUUUUAUAUACAUUUGUAUAUAAUAUUCAAAUACAACCAGUAUAAUUGUGUGGGAACACUUGUAUUUACGUUUUAUUCACUGGUUUAUUGCUCAAUCGAUCGAAGAAUAUUAAAAAAAAAAAAGGAAUAAUAAUACUACAAAAAGCAGAAUAGAGUUAUCAUUAAAUAACUCUAAUGUGGUUUACAACGAAUAGAUCUCAGUGUUAUAGUAAUCAAUAAAUAACUUGCGUGACACCACCUACGAGAAAAAUAUACAUCAGAAGAAUAAACAUCGAAGGUAAAUUUACGAGUGGUUGACCGAAAAUUAUUAUAAAAACAUUGACUCAUAAUUAUAAUAAUCUGAAUGUAGAAAAAAAUUAAUAUAAAAAAGUUUAUAGACAGUGAAAUUUAUUGCAAGUGUUACAUUGAUUACGAUGUAUUUAUCUAAUGGAAAAGCCUAUGGAAGAUGUCUGCGUUUUGAAGGUAUAAUGUCAUGGACUAAAAAUAAUAAAUUAAUUGAUGAGGCCACGUGGUUUAAGUUUAUGUAAAAAAAUAACUCGUGGUCGAUCGAUUUUACCUCGAGGCAAUUAAUUAUAUUGCUUUUAUUAUUAUUUCAUGACUCACUGUGGUAUCCAAACACACGGAAUAUUGGCACUGUUAAAAUUAGUGUACAUAUUUUAUGAUAAAUACAAGUAAAUUAUUUAUAUUAAGUAUUAAAUUAAUAAGUUUGUGAUUUAGAGAUAAUAAAAAAAAUCUGAAAAUAUCGAUUAAAAUUAUCUUAUAAUAACUAAACGUGACUAUAUCUAGGUGAGUUGUAGAGUAAUCGAGAACGUGUAAGUCAAUAAAUACCAUCGUAAGUUUGUGACGUAAUAGUCGAUAAUCGAUGUCGACAGAAGAAUGUUCAUGGGACUUAUUAAAACGUCAUAGAUUUAUAGCAACACUAGUUGAUAUAAAAGUAAUAAUUGCGACGAAUCAAUAGCGAUCAUUCGUACGAUACAACGUCAUUGAAUGUAUUGACGUAGCAUUGAUAACGUCGCGGUGUAGCACCCGCGACGAUAUAAUUUGCAGGUGGAAAACUGAACGUAAUAAAGUUCGAUAUACAAUCGACUUGUCAGCGUUUAAAAACAUAGUUGUAACAAUGCUGCCAAAGAAAGAUGGUCAAUUAGAGCCAUUUUCCCUCGAAGAUAUGAUUUCGGAUCUGCAAACAAGAAGACACUCUUUGGAUAAUGAUGAUGACGUUGGAAACCCCCAUGAACUUCUCAAGCAGCGUGAGAGAGAUCUUGUGCUUGCUGCUGAACUUGGAAAAGCCUUGCUAGAAAGGAAUCAAGAACUCACACGCCAGAGUGAAGCCAUCGCUGAAGAAUAUGCAAAUAAACUUGAGUGCUUGGAACAAGAGAGGCAUUUACUGCGUCGAAGACUAGAAGAAGCCAAAGGUGAGAGUGAAGCACGUGCUCUGGAACUACAAACAGACGUUGAAACAUUGAGAAGCCAGUUGGAGGAACAAAGUGAACGUGCGAGACGAGCAGAACGUGAGCAAGCAACUUUAGUCAGUGAACUUACGGCUCAAAAUAUUCGACUAGCGGAUCAAUUAAGAGAAGCUUCUAAAACAGAAGAUCAAUUGCUCACAGAGAUAAAACUACUUAGAGAUAAAUGCACAUUGCGAAGUACAACUCUUCAGGAUCACGUCAGUAGUCUAGAAAUUCUCCGCGAUGAGGUGCAAUUGGUUUCGGCACAAAGAACAGAGUUGGAAAGGCGAUCACUUGAAUUGCGAGAAGAGAGAGCUAGAGCUGUUUCAGCCCUGGAGGAAGCCGAGGAAAGGGCUGCGGCCUUGGAGAGACUCAGCCAUGAAGCGGAACACCGAGCGAAAGCAGCCGAGCAGGAGAGAGAUGAGCUAUCUGCGGCACUAGCGGCGAUCGAAGCAGAGAGAAGAGGUAGGUCUGGAUCGAUACAGAAGCCACCGAGGUCGUUGCAGGCGGAAAUGGAGUGCGAGGUAAGCGGUAGCUCAAUGGGGGAGCAAGAGGACAUCAGAGCGGAAGUAGCGAGGGCGUGCAAACGACUACGAGAGCUUAACACGCACCUGCGACGGGGCGAGGACGACUCAGGACUGCAGAGUGACUGUGACGAGUCAAUGCCCGUCAUUGUCACCGGUGUUGAGACCGAGGACUAUUGUUCGGGAGCACUCACUGAGCUUGUUGAAGAGACAUACAGUCUUGCUCUGACCGGAAGAGGAGCACCAGGAGAGCUGGGUCUCGCAGUAGAAUUGCAUCGAGUUACUGAGGAUUUGGAGCAUACAAAACAGCAACUAAAACAAGUUCAAGAUGAGUUAAAGAGACGUGGUGAAGCUUUACUGGACACGACAAGUAAAUUGAGCGUGUGUGAAGCCGAGUUGCGUGGGGUACGUGAGGAACGUGAUCGUGCUAGAGAUGACAUUGAGGACUCAGAGCUCAAUAGAGAUGAAGUGAUUGCUCAAGCAUACGCAGUGAGGGACCAAGCUGUUGCGAGAAAAAAUAGAGCGGAAGUUGAAUUAGCGAGAACCAGGAUAGACGUGCUUCAGGUUAAUAGUCAGCUGAUGGAAGCGAUUCAGCAGAAAAUUGAACUAAGUCAGCAGCUGGAGCAAUGGCAGAUGGAUAUGCAGGCUCUCAUUGAUGACCAUGUUAAGAGCAAACUUACCCCCCCUAGUGCUCAUAUAGGAAAUGGUAAUUCUAAUGAGAAUACUGAAGUUACCGCCCCUGUCAGAAAAAAACGCAGCACAGGCAGCUCCAAGAAAAUGUUUGGGUUAUUCUAGCGAACGGUUUCUUUUUUUUACAAGUGAAAUAGUGAUUAAACUUAUAUUAAGGAUAGUAUUUUAAUAAAAAUGUUUACUUAAUUGCAAAUAUU